GUUGGAGCAAUUCUAUUGCUCAAGCCAUGUAAAAAUAUCAAUAGAGAAGCACCACUAGUACACUUACCUCACUAAAAAUCGAAUCUUUUUCUCCCUUAAUUUCUCCUACUUUUGUCCAAUCUUGAAUAGAAUCAAUUUCUUUCUCUACCAAAAACCCCAAACCCCAAAUUUUAAAUUUCAUUUUAACUUUUUUCUUUCUGGUCUCUGCAUGUCUCCUUCAUCUCCAUUCCUCAAUAUUUCACCUGAUCUUCCUAAUCUUUCUCUCAUAUAAUCACAUAAUAAAAAAUUCCCAAAAAAACCCACAAAAAAAAAAAAAAAAAAAAAAAAAAAAAUCAUGGAAGAACUUUGGAAUGGCAUCCACCAAUCUUCAUUACAAGACUUCUUAUCUAGAGGUUCAAUUAAAGAUAAAGAUCAAACAGAAAAACAAGCUGAUGAUGCAGAUGAUUAAAAUGAGAUGUUUAAGAAAGAGUUUCUUAAUAGUCUUAACACCCCUGGUUUUAUUUCUUCACUAAACUCCCCAUUUGAAGCUUUGGCUACUGUUGCUGUUUCUUCUUCUGCCACUUCUUUGUUGAAUUCCACUUGUUUUUCUGUCAAAAACAAGCGGAUGUCUGAAGAUCAGAACAUUGUCGAUGGUGAAAUUGGUGUUGAUCGGAGGCAUAAGCGUAUGAUGAAGAAUAGAGAGUCCGCUGCUCGGUCUCGUGCUCGUAGACAGGCUUAUACAAGUCAGUUGGAAAGGGAACAUGCUGAAUUGAAAGAAGAAAAUGCUAAGCUUAGGAAACAGCAACAAAUGGGUAGAUCCAGAGUUUGUGUUCAAAUUUUAUUAUAUUUUCGGGUGUACCUGAACGAAAGUAUGUCCGGUGACGCGUAAGACUGUGUGACCUUGAGAACGCGCUCUUAUGAGCACGAUCAUGUGUUCUACUAGCUAGUGUCCCAUGAAUUAACUACACAAAUAUACAAGUUAUAGUCUAUGUGCACGUGCGCGUGCAUAACACAUGUCGCAUGGGCAUACGUAAGCCUUGAAUGUAUAUUACUAGUGGGAUACAAUUAAUGGAGAGGAAUGCUACCAUAAUUUACAAUUAGUACAACAGUACUUAGACAAUAUAUUUUGACAUAGGUAUAUUAUGUAGAAAUAUUAUGAUCAAGAAAAUUCAAUUAAUUGUUUUUCAAAAAUAGUUUGUAAUGAUUAUAAAGUUUUGAUAGUUCAACAUAUUAACUAAUUUAGUUUGCAUUUUCCUUAACACGUUAUGUAUGGUAAAGGCUAUACAUACAAUGGUUGUAUGUGUAUCAGCCUUCUGUAUGUGUAUCAGCUCUCUGUAUUAUGGCAAGUAAUUAAGGAUUAAAUUUGGCUAAACACUUUUUUUUUUUUUUUUCAAAUGUUGUCUUUAAAAUCGAAUUGAUCAUUAUUGAUAAUUUUGUUAAAAACAAAAGUUUUACUUGAUGAAACUUAUCCAAAGAUGAAUGGAUCAUUGGUAAUUUUAUAAUGCAAGUCAUUUUAUCUUCUAAUAUAAUAGAGAUUGAAAACUUAAAAUUUAAUCAUAUAAGACAAAAUAAAAGCUAAUAUACGUAGAGAGAUUAAUUUAACACUAUGAUUAGAGGAAUAAGCGAUUUCUAGCUAGUGUCCCAUGAUUAGAGGAAUAAGUGAUUUCUAGCUAUGAUUUUGACACUCUUAUUUGUAAGUGGAGCAUAUAAAAUACUCUCAAAAUAGUUGUCUAUUAAAUUCUAGACCUUAUGGAUAUGAUUGUGUGGAACUUUGAAAGCACUUUCAAUUGCCCCGUGAUUUGAGUGAAAAAGUUAUAUAGGUUGUUCAAAAUCUAAACAUCAAUUUUACAAGAGUUUAGUAUCUAUCUUUUUAUGCUUUUUGUUUGUUUAUUCAAAAUUUAUCAUCUGUGUAACCUUUAAUUGUAUAAAAUGAGUAAAAUGUAAAAAUAUCAUGACUAAAUUGUAGUGAAUAUGAUAUUAUUUAUCAUAAUUUCUAACUUACUACGGAGUAAUAAAAAUGUCAAAUAAAAAAAAUAGGGGGUUAUAAUAGAAUUUCAUAGUGCGAAAGUCAGUUCACUAUAAUAAUAAUGUGUGGUAUUACAUAACGCAAAAAUUAAUACUCCGUAUUAUAUUGU